ACAGAACACUAACCUCCCACAGUUCAUUCAUUGCAUUACACUCUCCUCCUUUUCUUCUCCCAACCAAAGCAAAUCGAUCCACCACCGACGGUGAGCCGCGACCACUUUCCUCCUUCUCCAUCCAUCACCGCCGCCGCGAUUACUCUCCUCCUUCAGUUUAGAGAGCUAUCUCCAUCUCUCUCCACAAAUCCUAAUUGUUGUAACUUGUAAGAUAAAUUGGAGCAAGAAGAUAGCUAUGCGGUUGUAGCUUAAUGUUGGAGAAGAGAUGAAACCUUAGAAAAGAACUUUGAGUUUGACAACUAGCUAGAGCAAGAGCCAUAGGAGAGAUCAUGGUUUAGUAUUUAGAGCUGUCUGUGCCUUACUGCCAGUUUAUUUUCUGCUGUUUUCAGUUUUUUACUGGUUUUUUGGUGCUGCUGGUGUAGCAGAUCAGCGCUGCUUGCAGCUGUUUUUCUGUCUUUGGUGGUUGGUUUUCAAUGAUGCUUGGCUAGUUCGGGAGUGAGGCAGGGGUAUGCUUGCUCUAUGCUAGUAUAUACUUCGGCCUCAUUGUUUGAUGCCAUUGUUGGUUUUGGGUUUUCUCGGUGAAUUGGUGUUACGUAUUUAGGCGGAACCUCUUUGUAUUUUUUCCCGUUUUUUCCGCAAGUUUUUUUAAUAGCAGCCACCCCAAACUUUUUUGUCUGGCUCCGCCACUGUGUGGGAUUGGUUUUGUGAGUUCAUUUUAUUUGCCGACAUAUGAGCUCACCCAAAUUGAUAGGUAAUGUAAUUAAAUACGUCAAUUAAUCACUAGUCAUGUACCAAUGGCUACAUCUCAAUAUCUCAUUGCAAUUUUGAAAUCGGUAGUUGAAGACAGUUUGUUCAACCGGUUUGAUUUUAGAGAAUGCAGAAUAUAAAAGAGGAAGAGGUGAAUCGUUGCCAGAUUCAGGAAUGGUACCCAAUUUUCAAAUCUGUAUCCAUCAAGACCUUAAUUCAUCAACUUCCUGAAUCUUUCAUUCAAUACCUUCUUGACGACUCGGGACCCUUCCUAUUGCCUGUUUCUGUCUUAAACGAAGAUGCAUUGCCGAAUAGAAUUCAUAAUCCUACUGAUGAAGAAGAUUUUCAGGUGUCAGAGGAAUCUGAAGAUGAAGCAGAAGAAUCUUCUCCACCCCCUUCUUUUCCAGAACUCGAGUUACAAGUUAAGGAAUCCGUUAAGUUGCUUGGUGGUGCAGUCUUUCCCAAAUUGAAUUGGAGCUCCCCAAAAGAUUCAGCUUGGAUAAGUACUUCUGGCUCUCUUCGCUGCACUACUUUCAGUGAGAUUGCACUUCUGUUCCGAUCAUCCGACUCAUUAGUCCACGACUUGUGUCAUGCUUAUGAUUCCUGCAAUGAUAAAUCUUCAUCUAGACCUCAUAAUUUCUUCCUUGCUCUGCGUAAAUGGUAUCCGUCCCUUAAGCCAGAGAUGGAGUUUCGGUGUUUUGUGCGGAAUCAGAAAUUAGUUGGAAUCUCUCAGCGAGAAGUCACUACUUUUUAUCCCAUUCUUCUUGAAAAGAAGAAUGGUCUCCUGUUACAGAUACAAGGAUUUUUCAACAAUCAUGUGAGAACUAAAUUUGAAUCAGAAAACUAUGUGUUUGAUGUUUACAUUACAAACGAUGAGAGAGUUAAGAUUGUGGAUUUCAACACCUGGGGUGGCUUUACACUGUCUUUGUUGUUUACAUGGGAAGAAUUAGAGCAUAUUCACAGUGAAGGAGAUGAUAGUGUGGAGUUUAGAAUUGUCGAAGAUUAUUGCGGUGUUAGGCCGGGUCUUAAAACAGCAGUUCCACAUGAUUACUUGGAUACAAGUCAAGGAAGUGGUUGGGAUCAGUUUCUAAGGAAUGCUGCUGACGAAGAGUUAAGACAACAAUCUACUGAAGCCGGUGCAUGAUAAUAAAUUCUUGUUCGAGAUAGCAAAUAGAAUAGUAUGUUUGCUAUUUUUAUAUUUUUUAUUGAGAUUUUAAAGAAACAAGGGGGGAAUAAAGCUUGUGUUUGAAACAGUUCUACCCUAUUGAGGAUAUUUGUCUUUUCACAUAAACUACUGCUCACCUCAAUCUAAUAUUUGACAUUGCUUCAUGCCUUCAGUGUUAUUUCUUCCCUCAUGUGUUAGUGAAGAUUUUUUUACAACA